AUGGCGCGUUGUCGCGGCGACAGGUUCGGCAGCCCAGCCGCGCGGCGCUUCCAGCGCCUCCCCCCGUCCAUCUGGAGAGAUCUUUCCGCGUGUUCUUCCCCGUGGGCGCUUUCCGCCAUCCCCCAGAAAAGGUCGUUGCGCCCCGCGCGGGGACAAACCCCCCCCGCGCCGGCGCUCCGCAGCCCCGAAGCGGUGAUCUGCGCAACGCGUCUGUCGGCGCGUUUGGCGGCGACGAUCGCUCUCCUGCUCGUCGCCAGCAUGUGCGGCGGCUUCUGCGGUCGCGCUAGCGCCGUCGCUGUCAAUUAUAACGACUCGCCUUUCUUUAGGCGCCCCAACCUAGAGCUCCCCCUUCCCCCAAGCCGAGCUUCACUGCACCCGCCCAACGCGCUCUAUUCCCACCUCCCCCCCUUUUUCCGCUUCCCCCCAAUCACAUGCAAGUGCUCCCCCUCCCCCGGUGCGCCCAAGGGUCGCACUCUUCUCUCUGCGCGCCGAGCUGAGCCUCACCACGCCCGCCUCGCGCACGCCCAAGGCGCUCUGUUCCAUUCUCCCUCCCCACCCCUCCCCCUUCUUCCCCGCUCCCCCCCCAACCCUCCCCCUCCCCCAGUGCCUCCCAGGGGGCGCGCUGCUGUUGCUGCGCGCCGAGCUGAGCUGCACAGCGCCUCGCGCACACCCAAUGCACUCUGUCCCUUCCCCCCCUUUCCCCCUCUUCCCUCUCCCCCUGUGCUCCCCAGGGGCGGCGCUGCGCUGCUGUCUCUGCGCGGCGAGCUGAGCUUCACCGUCCCUGCCUCGCGCACGCCCAAGGCGCUCUGUUCUUUCCCCCUCCCCUCCCCCUUCUUCCCCGCUCCCCCCCAACCCUCCCCCUCCCCCGGGGGCGCGUUGCUGUCACUGCGCGCCGAGCUAAGCUUCACCGUCCCCGCUGCACUCACUCACGCCCAAGGCGCUGUGUCUCUUCCCUUUCCUCCCUUCCUCUAUCCUUUUAUCCCCCCCCCCCCCCCCCGCCCGUGCUCCCCAGGGGCCGCACUCCUCUUGCUGCGCGCCGAGCUCAACAUCACUGUCUCUGCCUCGCGCACGCCCAAGGCUCCUAGGGCCGCACUCCUCUCGCUGCGCGCCGAGCUCAACUUCACUGUGCCCGCAUCGCGCACGCCCAAGGCGCUGUGGGUGUCGCGGGGGAGUUGUGGCGAUCUGUAUGGCGUGCGGUGCGACGAGCAGGGCAGCGUGACCUCGCUUCUCCUGUACAGCGUCACAGGCACGCUUCCCUCUGCAAUCGGCAACCUCACAGCUCUCACCACACUCUCCGUCUCUUCCAGCCUCUCAUGCCCGCUCCCAUCCUCUCUCACCACUCUCACCGCGCUGGUCAAUCUCCAUCUCGGCCGCAACAGCCUCUCCUGCUCGCUGCCGCCCUGGCUCACCACGCUCUCGAAGCUCAAGAUUCUGAGCAUAGAAUGGAACAAGAUCACAGGCAGCAUCCCGGCAGGCAUCUCCGCACUCUCCUCGCUCUCCGCUCUGCGAGCGGACUACAAUCUUCUGACCGGCUCCAUCCCGGCUGCUAUCGGCAAGCUCACUAACCUAACCCAACUCGACCUGCGGGGCAACAUGAUUGCAGGAUCCAUCCCCUCGCAACUCAGCACCCUCUCUCUCCUCUACCGCCUCUGGCUUCAAAGCAACGCGCUCACAAGACCAAAUCCCUCCUCCCUCUCCCUUCCCUUUUUUGUUUCACGCUUGUCCUUGUCGCCCCUGUCGCCCGUCUCACCCCGCUCGUUGCUACAGCUCUCUACAGAGCAACGCGCUGACAGGACCCAUUCCCUCCACCCUCUCCCUACCGGGCCUCAGACACCUGACAACAACGCACUCUCUGGACCCCUGCCAUCAACCCUGGGGAAUCUCACUUCCCUCGCCCCAUCUCUCCCCCAAUGCCCCUUCCUCAUGCCCUCCCCGUGCCCCUGCUCCAUUCCUCAUGCCCUCCCCGUGCCCCUGCUCCAUUCCUGCCCCCACAGUGCUCUGGACAACAACGCACUCUCGGGAUCAGCAUGCAACAACCGCCUCUCCUCAUCCCUCCCCGCGUCCCUCUCUGCUCUUAUUCUCCUUCAACACUUAGAUCUCUCGCGCAACCUCCUCUCAGGCUCCAUCCCUGAAGGCCUCUCUUCUCUGCAAGAACUCUCCUCGCUGCUACUCAACGGCAACUCCUUCCAAGGGCCCAUCCCAUCCGCCCUCUCCUCCCUCGUUUCUCUCUACGAAAUAGACCUGUCGGCCAAUCAGCUGUCGGGAACCCUCCCUCCCAUCUUCACCAGCUCCAUGCCUGACGUCAGCAUCAUCCGUUUGAGUCAGAACCAUUUGCACGGCCUCCUGCCACCGUCACCGGCGACUUGCUCUGCUCUCUACUCACAUGGGCGUUUCUUUACAGCGAGCAUGCAUGUCAUGCCCUCUCUCUGUCCUUCCGUAUCCCCCCUCCCUCCCCUCCAGCCGUUUGAGUCAGAACCAGUUGCACGGCUUCUUGCCAACGUCACUUGCAACCUGCUCUCUGCUGCACACGCUGUGAGUGCUUCUCUGAACUAUCCAGGCUUGAAUGCACCGCACGGCCUCUCUCUGCGUGUUCUUCUCAGCUCCAAUGACAUUGCUGCGAAUGCCUUCACGGGUGCGCCCGCUACCCUCAUCAGCCGCCUCUCGUCACUUGUGGAACUCAACCUAUCGCGCAACUACUUCACGGGUCUCCUCCCAUCGCUCCCCUCUGCCACAUCUCUCCUCUCUCUGGACCUCUCCUCCAACUUCUUCUUCGGCCCCGCCGUCCCCCUCGAUGCCUCUGGCGCCCCCAUCUGCCCCUCGCUCUCCCUCACCGUCCGCACCGCCAACAACUGCCUCACCUUUGACGCUUCCGUCUGCGAUGCUGGUGGUGAUGGUGAUGGGGCUGUUGCGACGAGAAGCGCGGAUAUGAUGAGCAGCAGCGGUAGUGGUGGUGGUGGUGGUGGUGGUGGUGAUGGUGGUUCUUCUGGCAACGUUUGGAUCAGCUCUUCGACUCAAAAAUCAACUAGCGUUGAUGCCCCCACUGCUCAUCUGGUAGCGACUCUUGAGUCGCCUCAACAGCAGCAGCAUGCUCAGGCCACCACUGCCGACCUUGAAGCUUCCUCUCCUCAUGUCCGCCCCUCCCUGCCUUCGUUUGAAGAGCAAUUGCGCGCCGCUUUUCUCGGGCACAGGGAGAGAGCGGAGAUGGUAGGGCGUGAGGAGAAGGAGCAGCAGAAGCAACAGGUAGCACCUUGGGAGGCGCAUGAGGGGGAGAUGACCUCUGGUGCUGCCACUACUGACCAUCUCGCCUCACAAGACAACGAAGGAAGGCUGGAAUUUCCAGGGCACAGGGAGAGGGCGGAGAUGCUGGUCCGUGGAGAGAAGGAGCAGCGGGAGCAGCAGGCAGUACGAGCUGAGGAGUAUCAGGGGGAGAUGGCCUCUGGUGGCGACCUUUUCCAUGCAGCCACCCACGAUGAUGAGAACAGGGCUGCUUUUUCCGGGCACAGGGAGAGAGCAGAGAUGGUAGGGCGUGAGGAGAAGGAGCAGCAGAAGCAACAGGCAGCUUUUGAGGCGCCUCAAAAGGAGAAGGAGCAGCAGGUAGAGCUGUGGGUGGUACCAGAUGAGCAGAGCUCUGGUGCUGUGCUCGGCCGUGCGGCAUUGCAUGAAGAGGGGAGGGGAGAAGGAACAGGGUUUCGUGGAGGGAACAGAGACAGCUCUCAUGCCCACGCCCAUGGCCAUGGCCAUGCCCCUGCCGACGGCCAUGCCCCUGCCGAUGGCCAUGCCCCUGCCGACGGCCAUGCCCCUGCCGACGGCCAUGCCCCUGCCGACGGCCACGCCCACGCCCACGCCCAUGGCCAUGGCCAUGCCCCUGCUUCGCAUGUGUCGCAUGCGCAUUCCGGGCAUCUCCACGCGCACGUCGGGCAUCUCCACGCGCACGCGCCAUCCGAUGAAGAAGAAGCGCCGCUGGCGGCAGCAGUGGGGAAGCACAAAGAGAAGGACGAGGAGGAGAGUGUGGACCAUAGACGCCGCUCCGUUCACCUGCCCACGCACGCCCAUGUGUCACAUGUGCAUGUGGUGUCUCACCCAUCGCACGUGCAUGUGCCGUCCCAUCAUGUCGAUACACUGCUGCCGUCGUGGCACAGAGAGAGGGCGGAGGAGGUGGUUGGGCACAGAGAGAGGGCGGAGGAGGUGGUGGGGCACAGAGAGAGGGCGGAGGAGGUGGUGGGGCACAGAGAGAGGGCGGAGGAGGUGGUGGGGCACAGAGAGAGGGCGGAGGAGGUGGUGGGGCACAGAGAGAGGGCGGAGGAGGUGGUGGGGCACAGAGAGAGGGCGGAGGAGGUGGUGGGGCACAGAGAGAGGGCGGAGGAGGUGGUGGGGCACAGAGAGAGGGCGGAGGAGGUGGUGGGGCACAGAGAGAGGGUGGAGGAGGUGGUGGGGCACAGAGAGAGGGCGGAGGAGGUGGUGGGGCACAGAGAGAGGGCGGAGGAGGUGGUGGGGCACAGAGAGAGGGCGGAGGAGGUGGUGGGGCACAGGAGACCGCGGAAACGACAGCAAGUGGAUCCCCCUUCCGAUGCGGCUCUCCGGCCUGCUCCCGCCCUCGCCCAUCCGGCUUCCCUUGCAGAUGACGAGGAGGAGGGUUUGUUGAGACACAGAGAGAGGAUGGAGUUGGUGGGGCAUGAGAGGAAUCAAAGGGCUUCUGCUCCUGCCCUCGCCUAUCUGGCUUCUGUUGGCAAUGAGGGGGAAGAGGGCUUGUCGAGACACCAAGAGAGGAUGGGCCUGCUAGGGUAUGGGGGGAAGCGGAGGAAGCAACAGAGGGGGGUGCAAUUAGAGGGGGUGGGACUAGAGGGGAUGCGGGAGGGGAGGAUGGUGGGAAGGGGAGUGGGAGGGGGGAUGAGGCGGACAGGGGGGAAGUGGGGGAAGUGGAUCAACCACAGCAUGGGGAAUGAGCUGCUGGGUCCCAGCGUGAUUCAACAGCAGCGGCCCGCCUCCCAGUGCCUCAGCUUCUGUGGCACGAGCUUCAGCCCUCUUGGGAAUGGUGUGAGCUCGCAAUCCCUCACUGGGGCUACCAGUGGUGCUAACAGUGGGGCUAACAGUGGGGUUAUCAACGCCCAGUGUGGGAACAGUGCUGGGACGUGCCUGGCCACUGUCACACACCCUCCCCCUCAUGUAGCCACUGUGGGAGGGGCAGGAGCUGGGAAAAGGGCGGGAGUGGGGGGGAAGCAGCAGGGGCAGCAGCAGCAGGUGCAGGUUGUGUUUGGGUGCACGUGCCCUUCCUCGAGAUACGUGCUAUCGGCUAAUCGCAUGACGUGCACCCUGAAAGCUGUUGCUCCUCGAGAUAUCAAGCCCACCGCCACCACCCCAGCCACCUCCCCCCCCCUCCCCUCCUUCUCCUCCACCCUCCCCACCCUUCCCCCCUCCUUCCCCACCCUCCCCACCUUCCCCAUCCCCCCCUCCUCCUCCACCCCCCACCCCUCCAACGCCUCCCACUCCGUCCCCUCCUUUCCCUCCACCCUCCCUCACCCUCUCUCCUCCUCCGCCUCUCUCACCUCCCCCGUCAUCCCCCUCCUCCCUCCCCUCCACCACACCCAGUCCCCCUUCGCCUGUUCAAUCCCAGGCUCCCCCGUCACCUCCUCCUCCCCCCUCCCCUCCGGGAGCAACAGCUGCAGCAACUCCUCCCGUUCCCGCUCCACCCUUCCCCCCAUCACCUCCCCUCGUUGCCUCCCCUCCCCUCUCUGCCUCCCCUCCCCUCUCUGCCUCCCCUCCCUUCUCCCCUCCCCUGCCACCAUCUCUAUCACUCCCACCCUCCCCUCCCAAUACGCCUAA